AUGCCCAUAAAGACCAAAGGGAAGAUUUGUAAAACUGCGGUUAGACCUGCAUUGACAUACGCGUCGGAGUGCUGGAUCACCCUUAAAAAGCACGAACAUAAACUUCAUAUAAACGAAAUGAAAAUGCUUCGCUGGGCUGGUGGAGUAACGCGGUUAGACAAAGUGCGCAACGAGUUCGUCAGGGGAUCCUUUAAAGUAGCUCCGGUGGCAGAUAAGCUCAAAGAGAACCGACUCCGCUGGUUCGGUCAUAUAAACAGAAGAGGCGAUGACUACUCCGUGAAGACAGCCUUAAAUAUCCCAACAAACCCCGUGGCAGAGGUAGUUCACUUUCUACCUGGUGGACUAGAAUCGAGAAGGAUCUGA